AUGAGAUUCUUAUGUAAAGAGGAGAAUGCUCGUCAGAUGAACAGAAACUGGAAGGAAUUUGAGAGCUCUGUCGAUACAGCUUCUAUGAGAGAAGAAAUAGAACUUCUGAAAGAAAUUUUAGGAAUUUUCAGAGAGGAAGAAGGUGGUGGGGAAGAAAAUGUAAAGGAUUAA